AUGGUUCGUCUUCGUUACGGAUCAUUUCAGAACCGGGAUCCAAAUGCCCGAAAGACAUCACGCCAUAAGACCCAGCCUGAAGUUGGCCUUGAGCGUGGAAGACCCAACCGAGUUCUUCCCCAAAGGAGAGUUGCUACCUCCUUGAAGUGGCCCGAGGGGAGGAUGUCUCGAGUUCCUGGGUCUGAGUCGAAGGCAUCCUGCUUCAUUCCGCUGUUCAGUUCGCAUUUUGUUCUCGUCCCCGCCUCAUCCCCUUUUAUUUUUGUGCAAUCCCUCCCUGAGCACUGCCUACCAACAGUAUCAAUCAACUCCACCUAUCGUUGUGGGACCCACCCACUCCUGGAUGAAGAUGCUGCGAACGUCUCUCCCUCUGGUCAGCAUGCAGUAGCGGAGCUCAAUCGAACUCGCCCCUCCAGGUUCUCUACUGCUCUGUUUCUCUAUGGAGCUUCCCUUGAUGUUGUGCUUACGGCCCAUUGGACGGGUGCCCAAUUUCCUCGCUUCUUGAAUAACCUUGAUCCUCUCUCCUGCCUCAUUCAUGCUGCACUCUCGAGGCAAGGUUCAGAGAAAUGGGGUAAUGUCAAGUGCGCUCGAUGGAACGAAGAUGAUCGUCUGAGGGGAAGAACAAGUGCACUCCGAAUGAAUCUUCCAAGUCAGACAUCUGACACCGAUUUCAAGACGGAGCGGGGUUUGAGCACUGCUUCCGUCGCAAUUAGUGAUCAACAUACCGGCAGCCCAGUGGUCUACCGGUUCCGUGAAAAGAAAAGCUCAGAAUGAGGCCUGGUAUAAGACGCACCCCCUCAUCAACCUCUGGCAAAUACGUGAAAAGAAAGCGUUCACGAGUCAUCCAAGUUUAUUUCUUAAUGUAAGUUCUUGAUUAUCAUCCUUUGUAC